AUGGCACCCAGUACGAAUGCCCUGGGACAGGGGAGCCACAACGGCGCGCAUGCAAAGGAGGCAAAGGCCCUGAUCCUGGCCGAAUUCGAACGCGCGGGCUGGACGGCGCCGGCGGAGGUCAGGGUCUUCCCGGGCUCUGUCAGGCCCGACGGGAUCGGACGCCCCGGCAGCCUGCCGACGUGGAAGGCAAAAAUUACCGCCGCCACGGUGGAGGACGCGCACCAGAUCUUCACCCACGCCGCGCCGGCGCUCAGCCUUCCAUGGUGGACUCCGUCAGGCGAGGUCAAGUGGGGAGGCGUGAUCCCCACUGCCCCCCAGCCGCCGCCGGACCCUGAAAUCAGACCAGCCUAUGAGGUUGUCGCGACUCUCGCGACCUCCAAGGUGGGUCUAGACUUCAUGGAAGCAGCAGGGAGCGCGUCCCAGGCGCUGGCAGCACACACCGCAGCGUCGGACCUCGGCCUCAGCGACAAGUCAGUGCCGGGGUUUCUGCUGCAGCCGCCCUCGGCCGCGCUUAUGGAGGCAGCCUCGGCAGCACUCGAGCACCCUGGGCUGGACGUCCUCAACCUUCAGCAGCUUACGCCCAUGGGCGGCAACAAGUAUAAAGUGCGGAUGGGCAGCGCGCAAGCAGCGGCGCACCUGAGGGAGGCGGAGGAGUCGAUCAGGGUCGAGUGGCAGGAGUGGGACGGCAGCAAGACAUGGCUUACCAUCACGCCUCAUCCCAAAGAGAGCGGUGUGCUGCCAACCAGCCUCACCCGGCACGCUGUGGAGGUCGGUCCCUUCCACUCAGCGCACCUGGCUCCGAAGGCGACCCGCGGGGCUGUCCUGCGCCCAGUCUUCGCCGCCCUGGACGCCAAUGCGCGCGGUGCGGUGGCGGCGACGCCGGCCAUGCCGGCGAACAGCCCCAUCAAGGCCGGCGCCGCGAACCCCGAGCAGCCGGUCAUCUUUGUGCGGCGGGCCGAGCAGCCGUACGACGUCAAGUCCCUUUGCGACAUGACAGAGCAGGAGGCGCCGCAGUUCGUCACCCUCAACAGCGGCGUGCCGCUAAGCCGCCUGCCAGAGGACCUGGUGCUCUCGCUCAGCGCAAGGGGGGGGAUGCCGCUCACCCUGCUGCCGGCGGACAGCCGCUCUGCCUCCCUGCUGGUUCUGGGCAUCCCCUUCGGUGCGGCGAUCACCCCCUACCGCGGCGGCGACCCCCUGUGGGUGCGCAUGGCGGCGUCUAGCAGCGGCGGCCGCUCCCCCAUCAUCACGGCCCCCGUCCUCACGGACGGGUCAUCUUCGCUGAAACAGAAACAGAGGCAGGCGUGUGUGCUGGUGAUCGCAGCGCACGGAGGGCUCAGCGCCGCCGAGGGCGAGAGGCUCAGCGGUGGCAAGGAAGGCAAGGUGGAGUGGAAGAGGCUCACGUUCUCGUGGCGCGACAGCAUCAAUGAACCGCUGGUAGCUCCCGCGGCACUCACCACAGCGGCAGAGCUCGAGGGCUUCCAGGGCCUGCUGAGCUUUUCCGACGACGAAAUGGAGGAGGAGGUUCCAGACAAGCCCGACGCGGGCGCCGCAGGCGACGCAGACGGUGCAGAUGGCGCCGACGGCGCUGCCGAGCGGCAGGCGGCCCUGGCAGAGGCCGUGGAGGGCGGCAACAGCCUGCUCGAGGAGACAAACACGGCCGCAGAGCAGGCAAUGCGGCUGGCAGAGCGCGCACGCGCUGCAGCGGAGGCGGCGCGCGCGGCGGCGGCCGCAGCCGACGGCGGCAGCGAGGAGCACGCAGCCAUGGCCAAGCGCGUGCAAGACGCCGCCACGGCGGCUGACAGGGCCGCCGACGGCGCGCGCGAGGAGGCGGCGGCCCUGGGCCCCGUUAUCACAGCAGCAAACGCGCUGCUGGACCGCGCGCGCCGCGGGCCAGCACUGGCGGACAUGCGCCUGAGCGCGCGCGCGGUUGCCAGGGGCGGCCGCAGGUCGGCCAGCCAGCACCGCAGGGAGGCCGCGGGCAACGCGCAGCCCUUCGGCGGGGGGAUGGGCGAGGAGGGCGAGGCCUCGCCGCCCAGGGCGAGCGAGGCCGAGGCCGGCGGCAAGCGCCAGCCGGGGGAGCACCCCACCACCACGCCGAGCAAGGGCGGGCCGCGCGGCAGGCCGCGCGUGCUCGACGGGGACGGCGACACCGAGGUGCCGGACCAGGAGUGA